GCGAGAAUUGGUGUUACCUCCCCUGAUAUCUAAAAUUAGUAUACUGAACACAACACAUCGAAAUGCGUGGUACUCAAACUUAGAUCAUCAUCACGUUCAGCAUGUAGGACGACCUAUUUCAUAAAGAGAACAGAAAAAAAAAUCAGAAAAUACUUCAAUCUCUGCAGCCUUCCGAAUGUCCAAGUAGGUCAAUUGAUUGGUUGCUAUUUUUAGAAAUAACUCAGCAAGGACAUACCCGACUAAUGGCCAGAGUGAAUACAGGUCAUUAAGGAGGAAAGAGUUCCUAAAGGUUUAUAACGGUAAAAGUAAUGAUCAGCGAUAAGAGACACAUGCAUGCCGUACCUCCAACAUAUAUAUUAUUAAUGUUAUCCUUCAUAAAAUGCUCGCAUUAUUCUGAAAUGUACCCGCGGGACGUUCCAAGUGAGUGACUUUACAUCGUGUGUAUUUUCAGACGCCAUGUUGGAGAGCGAUUACAUCUUAUACCAUGGACGUGUAUGAUUAACUAUGUUCACAAACUCUGUGCUGCAUUUAUGGAAGGUGCAAGCCAGUCACGCACAAAAGACGCGGUAUUAGUUGAUUGUUAGAAAUGUCAGAGGACGUAUCACCACGCUUACCCGUGUUUAACGGUUCACAGAGGGUGAUCAUUCCCGAACUGUGGAUGAGAAAAUUUGAAGACUUUUGCCAUUUGAUGCAGUGGAGCGACGAUGAAGCCGUUCGACAAUUUCGACAACAUCUAUCAGGGAGCGCCGAGUGUUGGUAUCAUUCUUUACAAGAGGAAGACACAGAAAGUUUUAACACUCUUAAAAGGCUAUUCAUGGAGAAUUUUUAUCGGAUUAACAUAGACCCAGUUGGCUUAAAAGGAGAUCUGGAAUCCAGAAAGCAGGCACCAGAUGAAACCGUAGAGGAUUAUCUUCACCAGAAGUUGAUAUAUGUGCUUCAGUCUGACAUGAUCCAAUCGCCAGAAGCAAUAGAUCUUGUUUAUAACGGGUUUCUUCCUGCGAUCCGGGAUCUAAUCAAUAUUCAACACAUACGUUCCUUGGAGGCAUUGCAACGGUCAGCAAGGAAGCAGUACGUCCGUAUAUCAAGACGCACCGGUUGUUCACUGAGACGUCCCGAAAGGAACGCUCUUGAAUUUGGCAGCAUCAUUGGCGUGGCAGAUGGAACCGUCGGUACAGCGAACACAGCAGCGACUGUCAACGGAGGGAUGGGCAACACCAACGUGCAUCUCAAUAUGUACCAGGCGACAACGGAGGACAGGGGCGAGAUUGUUAUUUCCUGUCUGCGGGCUCUAAACCGUGGCGAAGAUAUAGCAAAUUUAAUGAAUGAAUUCGGGGAGGCCAGGAACACCAACAGCAUGCGGCCGGAGCCCGCGAGGACUCCCCAAACCCACUUACUAUACACAAGUCACCAUCCAUCACUGGUCAUGGAAGAGCCUGUCACGGGUGAGAGCCACAACCUUUCCAGACACACGGAUGACAGUUCGGGAACAGAGAUGAGCAUGGACCCUGCUCAAUGUACUGUUAAGCACCGGAUCAGUGACAAUAGCUUCGUUGCUCACCCUGAAGACGAUACAAGUGCAAGUCUCGCCGGAUCUCACGAGAUAUUGUCUCAGAGUAUAACAGACCUUGCUCCGUAUAAGGACACCACAGGUCGGAAAGUCAGCAAGUGUCACGUGACGCACCCUGAGGAGGAUACGAGUGCAGAGGUCAGCCUGGAAAUAUAUUCAGAGAAGAUGAAGGCGACCUCCAUCCACAGUGCGCGGUACACCAGGAUCAGUGGCAACUGGCUUCGAACUCAUCCAGUGGAAGAUCAAGUCUCCCUCUAUACCAUUCCGCUGUCUCAGUCUGUGAAGGAUGUCACAGACCUUUCCCAAAGUGUGGUGGACACGACUAGCAUGGGUCACCACAGUCUCGCCGCCCAUCCAGAGAUAAACAACAAAAUCCACAGCCUCAUCAGAACUCCCCACGUUUGCACCGAGGACACGAGCGACUUACCUCCCCCAUCUGUGACGUUCUUUAGUAUGAGGAACAAGUGUUUCGUCGGUCACUCCGAGGGGGAAACAGUCGCCAGUUUCGACAGGACAGAGGACAUUUUAGCUGAAGACACAACCUUUCGUAAGACGGUAGAUAGCACCAGCAGUAUCAGCAGCCAAGAUGAUGAUCACCAUGGCGCUAGUCUGACGUACAGGAAAACCUUCGACACAGUCAAUAUGCAAGAGGGGGUCAACCGUCCAGAUCCACUGUAUGAGCCAGUCACGUUCAUGGACACAGACUUCCACAGCAUCAACGGUACAGAUCCAGGGAGCGUCCCCGAGGAUGCUUCAUAUUGUUUUGUCGGUUUACUCGAUACCCCAAUGUCAGGACAUAUACGCCCCGAAGAAAAGAAAGAUGGCUUCUUUAUGUAUGAUGUGGAUGCGACCAGCGUUAAUGGACCAUUGUCCGGUACAGACCUCACCAUGUGUCUGGACAGUGCGGCUGACCCAACGCCAUGUGUGAUAACUACGACGAUGCAAGCACACGCCACACAGUCCAACGAAUAUCGAGGAUCAGGACCCAAUAGUCAAGACGGCAUUUAUCGACUGAAAUUUGACAUAAACCUCACGUAUGCAGGUAAGGCCGAUACCGGUAACUGCAUCAAGCCAGCUGAUCUCUCCAAUACAGAGUCAUGGGACCACGUGUUGCCAGAAGAGUCGCACUCGGGCGGCUUUCAUUGUAGAGUGUCUGAAGUUUGGGAAGAGAUAUCUUGACAUAUGACAAGUCUGGCCAUGUGAAAUGUUACUGGCGCCGUCCAUAGGCACUGUAUAAAGGCCAUGCGACAGAAAAUGACGAACAGUAUUUGAAAGGAAGGGAUAAUAUUUUCACAGCAUUAUAUCUGUAUGACAAGGCUUAUACACAGUGGCAUGGUGAAGAAAGAUGCGAUUCCCUAACGUGGUCAUUGCAAUUGUAUGUUACAAAUGACAAAGAUGUGUCAUGUGGAUGUUCAGAUGAUGAGCGCAACAAGCGGCGUUAACUACUUUGUCAUAUGUAUGUUUCAUGUGUGUAUUGUGUACUGCACACAGGUCACAUAUCAGGAGAAAGCAAUCAACGUUGGUCGCGGAGAGUGGGUGGAUGGGUGAUCUUGUUCGACACAGCCUGUCAAUAGUUUCUAGCUCUUCGCCCGUUCCCCACACUGAAACACGAGAGUCUUUGGGCGAAGUACGCCUCAGUUCACCCAUCAGUGAAAGAGUACCCGAUCGAGAGGGUGAGAUGGUUCAGCGCCCCAUAAGGCAACGAUGGUUGUAUUUUCUCCAGGGAAAGGAAUGAAAUGUGAUCCACUGACCGGGUAAUAAUGAUGUAAACCCGUGAUGAUUCACUUGGUGAAAUAAAUGGCGCUUUAUAAAUGU